AUGGAUAACCGACGGCGGCCGGGAUACGAGUACCGCCAUCAGAUCGAGAUCGACGAGGGUCGCGUAAAUACGAACCGGCGAGUCUCCCUAGAAGGGCGCUGCUUGUUCCAAUUCCAGAUCCGAACAAAUUUCAUCCUAAAACCAAGAGACUCCGGCGCCGGCGAGACCACUCUGGGCUCCGAGACUAUCUCUGAACCCACCUUGCCCUGCGACCACAAGUCCGAGCUCUUCCCUUGCUCGAAACGCCGGCUGAGGGAGUACUGGAUGACGGAGGCCCAUAUCCAGGAAAUGAUCCACGAGGCGCUUGACCUGUGCAGAUCCACGGUGCUAUCGACGGCGGACAGGGGUCCACGUGUCAUCCCUGUGACCGUGAGGAUUGACGUCUGCACGGUGCAGCAGGACGGCGAGGAAUUGGACGCUGCUGUGGAUAGGGCGAUUAGGGUUGAGAAUCUGAUGCCGAUUGGAGGAUGUCGAGUUGGGCUUGGGCUUGAUGAGGAGCUGCCCGAUAUGCAAGCGGCCCCCACAGUGGGAGCCCAGUUAUUGACUACCGUGUGUGGCCACACGUUUCAUUCCCACUGCAUUGUUGGGUCUUUGCGUAAUAAGAACUCGUGCACGAUGUGCAAUGUGCCCGUCUAUGAUGAAAAUCCAAAACCAAAAAUAAGUUUGGUUGGUUAA